GCUGAUCUGUUAUGAAUUCAAUUGCAUUGGGUAUUUGUGUAAUUUCAGAAUUUCAGACUUGUUUUAGGAUAAGUUGUUUUUCUUAAAUUUUUUUGUUCGAAAACUUCCACACAAAACUAUCAACAAGAUGAUGCGCUACGAGGGUGAUGAAAAACUAGCUGAUAACUCAGCAUGUGCGGGCGUUAGAGCGGAUCUGAAGAUGUGCUUGCUCGAAAGUGAUUGCUGCCGUGUUGAUAAGAAAACACCCCGGGAGUGCCUUAAAUUGAACAAUGUACCAGACGAGUGUCAAGUGCUUAGAAACACAUUCUUCGAGUGCAAACGGUCCUUGCUCGAUAACAGACAAAGAUUCCGUGGACGCAAAGGUUAUUAAGCCAUCCUUUAGAAUUAUAAUAAGAUCAUUCAAUCAGUUAGCGGUAUAGUUAUGUUUUUAAUUUAUAAUUCAAAUAAAAUAUGUUGAUUAAAUACUAA